AUGGCUGACACUCCGGUCACCAUCCGAACCCGCAAGUUCAUCACCAACCGACUGCUUUCGCGCAAGCAGAUGGUCGUUGACGUCCUCCAUCCCAACCGACCAAACGUCUCCAAGGAUGACCUGCGCGCCAAGCUGGCCGAAGUGUACAAGUCGAACAAGGACCAGAUCAACGUUUUCGGCAUGCGGACGCAAUACGGUGGUGGCAAGUCGACCGGUUUCGCCCUCAUCUACGACAGCGUCGAGGCCAUGAAGAAGUUCGAGCCCUACUACCGAUUGGUCCGUGUCGGCCAUGCCCCCAAGAUCGAGAAGGCCAGCAGACAACAGCGCAAACAGCGAAAGAACAGACAGAAGGAGCUCCGAGGUACCGCCAAGACGAAGGGUGCUUCGUCCAAGGACAAGAAGAAAUAA